AUAAUAACCGGAACUAUUAUCCGCACUACUGUGUUCCACCGCAGGAAAUAAAAUAUUGUUACACCCACAGAAGACAACUUUUAAAAAAUGUACCGAAGAUAAUAAAUUCUGGUUAAACUAUUGUCCUCUAGUACAGGCUGUCACUCGGAGAGCAAUGGGGGUACACGGGCUGUGGAAGCUGCUUGAGACCACCGGGAAGCCCAUCAACCCCGAGACGCUCGAGGGCAAGAUCCUGGCUGUCGACAUCAGUAUCUGGUUGAACCAGGCAGUGAAGGGUGUGAGAGACAGGGAGGGUAACAGUGUCCAGAACGCCCACCUCCUCACCCUGUUCCAUCGUCUUUGUAAAUUGCUCUAUUUCCGCAUCAGACCUGUCUUCGUGUUCGAUGGAGACGCACCUCUGAUCAAGAAACAGACCCUGACCAUCAGAAGACAGAGAAAGGAGGAGAAGACUAUGGAGUCCAAGCAGACCAAUGACAAACUCCUCAAGACCUUCCUGAAGAGACAAGCCAUCAAAGCUGCUCUGGGAGAGAGGAGUCAGGAUCAUCUGCCCAGCCUGUCUGCUGUGAGGAGAGAGGAGGACAUGUUCAUGCUGCCUGCCCUGCCAGCCCAGGAGGAGGAGAGAGAGAGGAGCAGCUCAGAGGAGGAGGAGGAGCAGGAGGAGGAGGACAGCCAUCACAUCUACCAGGGGGAUUUCUAUGAAGACUCUAACUCUGUGGACAUCAACUCUGAGGAGUUUUCUGCCAUGCCUCCUGAGGUGAAACAUGAGAUCCUUAAAGACAUGAAGGAAUUCAGCAAGAGACGACGCACCAUGUACCACACCCCCCCUGAGCGGUCAGGGGACUUCUCCCAGUACCAGCUAGCAGGGCUGCUGCAGAGGAACAAGCUGAACGUGCGUCUGGAGGGGGUGGAGAGAGAGAUGUCCAACCGUAGUGCUGGGAACGCCCCGGGGGUGGAGCUAUGCAACCAGGGGGAGGGGCACAGCGUGGAGACACGACGCCUCCUCUCAGAAGACUCCACCCACUACAUCCUCAUCAAAGGUCCAAAGAAGACCGACAACAGUGAGAGGGUGCCAGACAUCCAGCCUGCGGCCUCUCCCUGGUUGGGUGGUCCCCUAUCAGGGAGGGUUAGGACGGGGGGAGGGGAGAGACCUGAGCCCCUUUGGAGACCCAUCUCGGAGGAGGAGAGCCUGGAGGAGGGACCCUCAUCAUCGUCUAAACAUCCCCAGGACCCGAACCCAAGGCUGGGGGAUACAGCACCCAUCUCCCCCCGGACACUGAAGGCCAUCCAGGCUGCCAUGGAUAGCAGCUUCUCAGACGAGGAGGAGAAGGAUAGCUCCUGGGGUAGAGGAGGGAGUAGGGCUGAGGAGGAGGAGGGGGGUGGCAGUGUGUCUCCUCGUACCCUCCUGGCCAUUCAGCGAGCCACGGGAGAAGAGUUGGACGUAGGCCCGUCCCCAAACGCCACUACGAUUGGCAGUUCUCCUGUUAAGCCCCACCCUCCCAGUCCCCAGCGUCCUGCCAACCGAUUGUUCGUCAUCAGCAGCUCAGAGGAGGAGACUGAAGGGAAGGACACGCCCCCGAGGACAACUCUGACCAAUGAGGACAGGCUUGGGGUGGAGAAGGGGGAUGAGCAACAGUCGCCUCUCCCCCUUCGCCUCCCCAUUCCUCCUGCGGACAGUGUGCUCCUCAGCAUGGAGGAGGAAACCGUCACCAGGAGGAGCAGGGAGGAGGAGAUUCUGAGGAGGAGCAGGGAGGAGGAGAAUCUGAGGAGGAACAGGGAGGAGGAGAAUCUGAGGAGGAACAGAGAGGAGGAGAUUCUGAGGAGGAACAGAGAGGAGUUGGAGCAAGCCAUGGACAACAGGAACAGAGCUUUCCGCUCUGCAGUGGGUCAGGGGGACAGUUUGGGUCAGGCUCUCUGUCUUAUUCCCCCAUCAGGCCUUGGUCUAAACAGAGAGGAGGGGACUGGGAGGAGCAGCCCAGUGACUGGGCCUUUACCUCCAUCGCAGGAGGAGAGGAACACCAGGGAGGAGAGGAAUGGACAGAUUCUGAAGAUGGAGGACGGCAAGGAGCACAGUGAGCAGGACAGUGAUUCAGAGAGCUUCGUUGACGUGUCUGAGGGGGAGGAGCUAAAGGAGGAGGAGACGGAUGAUUCGCUGAUAGAGGUUGGGGGCGGUACUCCAGCUAAGGCACAGGAAGACAUGGCCAAGAAGGAGGAAGAGGCUUUAAGUAGCAGAGCUAUCCCUUUGGAAGAGAGGGAGGAGGAGCCCCAGCCUCCCACAGAGCCCAGCCCAGCUCCUCCUGCCCCAGCGUCUGUUCCUCUACCCAACGAGUGGGAAGACAUCAACGUGGAUGAGCUGGUGGCGCUAGAGAGCAGUCUUGGAGAGCAGCAGUCCAGGCUGAGGGAACAGAAGCAGCAGCAGGAACGCAUCGCUGCCACGGUUACCGGACAGAUGUGUCUGGAGAGCCAGGAGCUGCUGAGGUUGUUUGGCGUACCCUUCCUGGUGGCUCCCGGUGAGGCCGAGGCCCAGUGUGCAGCCCUGGACCGGACCGACCAGACCCACGGAACAAUCACCGAUGACAGCGACGUCUGGCUGUUCGGAGGACGACACGUCUACAAGAACUUCUUCAGCCAGAACAAAUACCUAGAAUACUACCAGUACGUAGAUCUACAGAACCAACUGGGCGUGGACCGUACCAAGCUGAUUAACCUGGCCUACCUGCUGGGUAGUGACUAUACGGAGGGAGUCCCGGGGGUGGGCUAUGUGACGGGCAUGGAGAUACUCAACGAGUUCCCCGGACCUGGCACGGAACCAGUCAGCAUGUUCAGUGAGUGGUGGUCCUUGGCCCAGCAGCAGCAACGUCUGACCUCUGACCCCCGUGACUCCAAGGUCAAGAGGAAACUGAGAGGGCUUCGGCUGUGGCCGGGCUUCCCCAACCCUGCCGUGGCAACUGCCUACCUGCAGCCCAGCGUCGACCUAUCAGAAAGCUCCUUUAGCUGGGGCCGCCCACACCUCGACCUCCUCAAGGAAUUCUGUGAGAGUCGUUUUGGUUGGAACAGCAGGAAGACAGAAGAGACUCUACAUCCUGUUAUCAAACAGCUCAACACACAACAGACCCAGCUGCGUAUCGACUCGUUCUUCCGUCUGGAGCAGCAGGAGAGACAGGCCAUCAAGAGCCAGCGCCUCCGCCGGGCCGUUACCUGUAUAAAGAGGAAAGAGAGGGAGGACGGAGGGAGAGAAGAGGAAGAAGAAGAGGGGACUGGCUCCCCCAUCCAAGGCUAA